AUGGCAACCGCUGUGUCAAACGAGUCAUUCGACCAGCUGCAGCACCAAUUGAAGCAGUUGCUGGGAGCUUUCCAAAGCCAACACGAAGAGGCAGAUCGCGUGGCCGCCCUGAAGGCAGCGCAGAAUCUAGUGAAUGCACUACAAAAGCCGCAGGAUUCGGUCUAUCAUCUGGCCUAUUCUCCUACUCAUGCCAUGUGUGUGCGCAUUGCCAUCGACAUGGAUAUAUUCACCACACUGACGGAGCGGAAUCGGCCGGUGUCGCUCGAUGAACUGGCAGCCGUGAGAAAUGCGAGUCCAAUUCUAGUUGAACGAGUCUUGCGUAUCUUAGUUGGCAUCGGCUAUGUUGGCGAAUAUGACACGCGCGUCUACGUUGCGAAUACAAUGACACGCCAGCUGACUGACCGACUCAGUAUUUCGGUAAUCAAAUUUAUAUUUGAUGUCGGCAUGCCUACUCUUGCCAAAGUCCCCGAGUUCCUUCGCCGACAGGACUACCGAAACCCAGAGGGCGCUACCACAGGCCCACUACAAUUUGCCGAGAAGAUUGACGAGAGUCUUUGGACUUGGUUGCCGAAACAUCCGGAGUAUCUUGAUUCUUGCAAUACCUUCAUGGAGGGUGACCGCGGCGCCCGGCCUAGUUGGCUUGAAUGGUUCCCGGUGGAUGAGCGUCUUCUAUGUGGCGCUCAGAAUGAUGCGGAGACGCUUAUGGUUGAUGUCGCAGGCGGUCGAGGUCAUGACCUCGCAGCAUUCAUGGCACGGUAUCCGCAUGUGCGAGGGCGCUUGGUGCUCGAAGAUUUGCCACAUGUUUUGGAAGAGAGCACCGUAGAUGCAGAGCGCAUUGAAAAACAACCGUUUGACCUUUUUAAGCCACAGCCGAUUCAUGGCGCCCGUAUUUAUUAUAUGAAAUUUAUUCUCCACGACUGGUCUGAUGAGGAGAAUCAUAUCAUUCUUACUCAGCUGGCUGGAGCAAUGAAGCAGGGUUACUCAAAAUUGAUCAUCGAAGAGUUUGUGCUGGCUGAUCGUGACGGUGUUAUGUUACCGGCGAUGUGGGAUUGGGAAAUGAUGAUUUUCUGUAAUAGCAUGGAGCGCUCCCAGUCUCAUUGGACUCGCUUGCUUGGAGCAGCUGGUUUCCAGGUUAUCAAGUUCUGGGCACCUCCUGGCGAUGGGCAAGGCAUCAUCGAAGCCGAACUCAAAUAG